AGUGCUUACGUCGUGUUGCUAGGCACGUCGUUCAUAAUUCAUAAAACAAUAGCAAAAUUCCAAUCUAUACGCUACGAACGAAGAAACAAAAUGUUUUCUGUCGUUACAAUAUUCUUACUAGCAAUCGUCCCUUUAAGAAUGGCCAACACUUCUGAAGUCAGAUCGUCAUAUGGACAACCCUGCAAUGAGACGACACCUUGCAAAGCUUCUCCUCAUCUUGUGUGUUCCCACGAGACUAAAACGUGCUCCUGCUUCCUACCUGACGACAUGCAGUUUGACUCUAAUUAUGACCGUUGCGUGAGACUCGUCAGAACUGAAGGAUGCAGAUCCGAAACCACGCAUCCAUCCUGCGUUGAAGGCGCUAUCUGUGUUCAGCACGGCCGGUCACAUUGUGAAUGUCCCCGUACUCAUUACGAACAUCCGGAAACUAGAACCUGCGUCCCCGCUAAAGGUAUUCAAAAUACAUGUUCGUCUCAAGUGGAGUGCGACCGGACUAUGGGCUUGGCCUGUGUGGCGGGAACGUGCAACUGCUUCGCCCCAGACGACAUGGAAUUUGACAACAAAAUUGGCGAAUGUAGAAUCAAACUUGGCCACAAGUGCAUAGAUCUUAUCGAAAGUAUUUUGCACGAGAUACCAGUAUUUGAUGAGAAGAUCGAUUCCACAAACAGUCGUCACAAAGUUGGAAUGGAAAUAUUCGGCCGAAGUACGGCUUCUGAUAUCCGCUCCGCCUUCAGUACUUCGAUUUGUGCCAGAGGAUCCGGUUGUCAUCCGGAAACCAACAUCUGUACCGAAUGCGGUUCACGUGAAGAAUGUUUCUGCUCUGAGGACCAAUACCUGAACGAAACGAGUGGUAGGUGCAUCUGGCGAAAAGAUCAAGGCGAAUCGUGUUUCCGAGAUCGAGAAUGUCGCCAACUGAUGAUUUGUCGAGAAGGAAUAUGCUCCUGUAACGAGGAAGUUGCCCUGAUUACUACCACAGAUUACGGUCCACAUUCAUUCGGUGGUCACUGGGUUCACAAGGGAGAUUGCGUCGGGAAAGUUGGGAGUUACUGCCUUUCGAAAAGCGCCUACGAUACGAGAAUAACCCAUCGGCUAUUGUCCUACUGCCGAGAAGGUGCUAUUUGUGGGGAUAAUCACAGGUGUGCAUGUCCAAGAAAUAUGCCCCCAGUGAGGGGUGGACAUUGUGGGAGGAACUAUGACGAAUGGUGCACAUUGGAAGAACCCUGCCAAGACUAUUUAAUUUGCUCCAGUAUCGAGCACUACCAUUUAAUGAAAUGUCGCUGUCCCGGAACGAAUUACCAGUUUCAUGAAAACUCGAAUUCUUCGGAGGGAUGUCCAGGAAUUUGUCGAAAUCGGCAUGUUGUAGGAAGGCGGUGUAACACAUCAGACGGGGUGGACCCCUGUGUUAAGAAUUCUCACUGUGUCAUCCAGGCUUCGGCAAACGGCACGACUGGGAUUUGUGAAUGCAAGCCAGGCUUCCUUGAAAAUUCUGAGCACCACUGCGACAUUGAACACGGGUUUCCUUGUGACUAUGAGAAUCGUACGGAACGAUGUGACAAAGUGGCCGAUUUGAAAUGUCGGAUUGUUCCAAAAUGUGAAAAUGGGAAGCAAAGCACAGAACUUGUUCAGGUUUGCAGUUGCCCCGAGCUGGAAGAUAUCUACGAACCUGUGACCCGCAAAUGUCUCCCGCCAACCAGGGAAAAUAUUGCCAGAUCUGUGAUACGUGAUACAAAUUGCCACCAAUCUAACGAGGACAAUCUGGGAUUCAUCACGUGCAAAACAGGAGGAUAACAUUUUUACCAGAUUAUCUAUAAUGUACGCCUCUUGAUGCGCUUAAAUGCAGUAAUGAUUUAAUAAAUACAUACUUCAUAAAUAUAA